UGUAAGAGGAGUACAUCCCGUCGGCGCGCGGGGCUAGAGCUCUCGGAGAAGCAGGACCGCGAGGCCGGCGCGCGGCGCUCUGCGCGGUCAGAGGGAGAGUCCAACAGCAGCAGGAGCAGUAGCAGCAGCCCGCGGCGCGGCCGCCACCAGCCGCCGCGACCGCCGCGGCUGCAGCCUCGGAAGGGAGGCCGGGUGAGCCGGCGUACGCACUUUCCCGCGGACUUUCGGAGUGUUUGUGGAUAUACAUGCCAAGCCGCCACGAUGAUGUCCAUGAACAGCAAGCAGCCUCACUUUGCCAUGCAUCCCACCCUCCCUGAGCACAAGUACCCGUCGCUGCACUCCAGCUCCGAGGCCAUCCGGCGGGCCUGCCUGCCCACGCCGCCGCUGCAGAGCAACCUCUUCGCCAGCCUGGACGAGACGCUGCUGGCGCGGGCCGAGGCGCUGGCGGCCGUGGACAUCGCCGUGUCCCAGGGCAAGAGCCAUCCUUUCAAGCCGGACGCCACGUACCACACGAUGAACAGCGUGCCGUGCACGUCCACUUCCACCGUGCCGCUGGCGCACCACCACCACCACCACGCGGCGGCGUCGGCGGCUGCCGCCGUGGUGGGCGCGGCGGGCCUGGCGUCCAUCUGCGACUCGGACACGGACCCGCGCGAGCUCGAGGCGUUCGCCGAGCGCUUCAAGCAGCGGCGCAUCAAGCUGGGCGUGACGCAGGCCGACGUGGGCUCCGCGCUGGCCAACCUCAAGAUCCCGGGCGUGGGCUCACUCAGCCAGAGCACCAUCUGCAGGUUCGAGUCGCUCACGCUCUCGCACAACAACAUGAUCGCGCUCAAGCCCAUCCUGCAGGCGUGGCUCGAGGAGGCCGAGGGCGCCCAGCGCGAGAAAAUGAACAAGCCCGAGCUCUUCAACGGCGGCGAGAAGAAGCGCAAGCGGACUUCCAUCGCCGCGCCUGAGAAGCGCUCCCUCGAGGCCUACUUCGCCGUGCAGCCCCGGCCCUCGUCCGAGAAGAUCGCCGCCAUCGCCGAGAAACUGGACCUCAAAAAGAAUGUGGUGCGGGUGUGGUUUUGCAACCAGAGACAGAAGCAGAAGCGGAUGAAAUUCUCUGCCACUUACUGAGGGGGCUGGGAGGUGUCGGGC